AUGAACGCGCGCUUAGGUUUAGAGGAAUACCCAACCUACGACUCGAUGAUUGAGACGUUGUUGAAGCACCAGUUCUUGCCGGAAGCGGACGUGUUGCGCUUGUGCGAUCGCGCGCGAGCGUUAAUCAGCGAAGAAUCGAACGUCACGAACGUUCGCUCGCCGGUGACUGUUGUCGGGGAUAUUCACGGGCAGUUUCACGAUAUGAUGGAGAUGUUUAAGAUGGGUGGGUACGCGCCGGAUACGAAUUACUUGUUUUUGGGCGAUUACGUCGAUCGUGGGUAUUAUUCGGUGGAAACGGUCACGUUAGUGGUGGCGUUGAAAGUCCGAUUUCCCGAUCGGGUGACCAUAAUCAGAGGAAACCACGAGAGUCGACAGAUUACGCAAGUGUAUGGAUUUUACGACGAGUGCAUGAGAAAAUACGGCCACGCGGGGAUUUGGAAAGCGUUUACGGAUUUGUUUGAUUUCAUGCCGUUAUCCGCGUGCAUCGAGAAUCAGAUUUUCUGCCCGCACGGCGGGUUAAGUCCGAGCAUCGAUACGCUCGACCAGGUGAGAAAGAUUGAUCGAUUCGCGGAGGUUCCGCACGAAGGACCGGUGUGUGAUUUAGUGUGGUCGGACCCUGACGAUAGAACUGGGUGGGGGAUGAGCCCGAGAGGGGCGGGGUAUACUUUUGGGCAAGAUAUUACCGAGCAGUUUAAUCACAACAACGGGUUGACGUUAAUCGCGCGCGCGCAUCAGUUGGUCAUGGAAGGGUUUUUAUGGCAUCACGACAAGGCGUUGGUGACGAUAUUUAGCGCGCCGAAUUAUUGCUAUCGAUGCGGAAAUCAAGCGGCGAUUAUGGAGGUAAGCGAGACGAUGGAGACGAAUUUCUUACAGUUUGAUCCGGCGCCGAGAAGAGGCGAGGAGCAACAAGCGCAAAAGCGAUGUCCGGAUUACUUUCUCUAA